AUGGACUCUCAGCAAUCGCCUAAAUGGAUAUCCAACAACGAAAACCCCAACACAGCCAUCAGUAAAGGUGUCUCCAUCGUGGAAGGCGCACGUUCUGUCGCCAUCAACAAUACUAUCUAUGUAUACGGCUUUAGCAAACCCACAGCAGCUUCUUUCAACAAAAAUAUCACUAGCAAUGUGUGGUCUAUUGCCUCAAACGAGGUAGUCUCCAAUACACCCCUGACUUCCUUGGCUGUCAGUAACGUGUCAUCUAAUACAACGAAUCAUAGCACCAGUGACCUACAGCCAUAUCUACCAUAUGCGCAAGGUGUAGCUUCUAACAGAUCAGAUGAAGUGAUUGUAUUCGCACUGUCAGUCCAAGAGCAAUUGAGUAUGGAGCCAUGGAUUCGAACCAGCAGCAGCCUACGCGGCAAUGCAACUGAUGAAGCAUCCAAUGCGAUUCCGUUCUCUGUAUUCAAAUUUGACUUGAUAAAGAGGGGUCAUUGGACAGAGAUAGCAUCGUCAUCGACAGUUGCUCCAGUGUAUAGAAAAGAACACUCUAUAACAUCGUCGUCAAGUAAGGAUACAGUGUAUCUGUUCGGUGGUGUGAACAGCACGCAUUCGCAACAGGAUUUCUGGACAUAUUCUUUACUCGACUUUCAAUGGAAAAAGCUUGAUAUUCCGAGCACCAUCAAGCCGCGUUGUGGACAUACUGUAAGCAUGUUAAGUGACGGAAGAAUGGUGUUCAUAGGUGGCUAUUAUUGCACAAAAAUGCCACAAUUGCAGUUAUUUGACAUGACAGAUGUCGUCGUUUUUGAUACAACAUUAUCAACCUGGGAGAGACCACCAGAGAUCAAGGGAAUUGCACCCAGACCCAGGCUAUUCCAUAGUGCGAUAGCGGCAGGGCCUAACAAUGACAUAUUUAUAUGCGGUGGUCAAGAUAAUGUUCAGGCGCCCUAUCACACGUACAUUGGCAGUCAAAGAGACCAACUAGCUGACAUGACAGCCAUCCUGGAUACCAAUGCAUGGACAUGGAGGGUGCCAACAUUCUCUAUAUUUCAACCAUUACCGCAAUCACAUGCAUCUAUAUCAAUCAUUAAUGACACCAAAAUAGUAUUUGGAUUUGGAAUCAAUUAUCAAACAAUCUAUGAUAAUUUCCACGUAUUUGACAUGUCAAAACAAAUUUGGGAACCACCCACUGCAGUCAGAGGGUUAGGAGAAAGAACCAUUGUCAAUUCCAUCUUCAACAAAAACGGUGUUAUUUCCAAUGCUGUGUUGUGGAUUAGUCUCGGCUGUCUACUAUCGACAAUAGUUGUCUCAUAUAUGAUUGCCAUCUGGACCUUUGGAUUGAAGCGCUUCCAUAUGAAGGUGUAUACCGCCUACAAAGCUGUCAAAAAAGAGAUUUGGAAACCAAGAGUGGGAGAACCUGGAUGGGCAGAGUCAUCUCGAUUGCUACUGAAAACGCUGUUCCUGAUGCUUUUUGUAUACCUGAUAUUCACCUUGUCCACUCAAGUCCUGAAUAGUCCAAUUAUUGAUCAGCUGUCGUAUGAAUCAAACGAUCAAAUGUUGAUCGAUGUUCCAGAUGUCAAGUUUUGCUUUGAGCACUGGGAGGAGACAAACGACCCUAUUAUCCAAUGUACGACUGAUUUUGGAGCGCAAUGCUCCAAUUUCUUUUAUCAACUACCAAAGAAAACCAACGCAGAGGGAACAAACAGUGUUUGUUCUCUGUUUAGAGCUCCCACCACAUUCAAACUGGGCCAAACGUCAAAGCGCUCUCUGGAUAGUAGUGGCUCCUUUCUCAAAUUUGAUUACUACAGUGCCAAUGGCAAGAACAGUACGUUGGUUUCCAGCAAGGAGCAGCAAGUCAACGUAGAGCUGUACAACAAGCUACAUGACCCCAGCCUGGAGUUAUAUAGAUCCACUCUGAACCAAGCAAUAUCAAACCUAACGUCUCUGGCAUUUGAAUGGAAUAGCAACGAGGAAGAAAGCAUGUAUCGCUCUGAAUCAGAUCUGGCAGGACAAGCCGACAAAAACGCCUAUCGACUCAGUACACGGUUAAUGAGCACCAUCAGUUUUGAAUUGAUCAAGCGAAUUUCUUUGGAAUCAAGCAUAUGGAAUUACAUUGGCAUUGCCCCAUCAAUCAGUACGCGCUACGAAAUUGACACAAUGACAGCAUCAGAAUCGUUUCCUUUGGAAUACAACCCACUAUCCAGCUCUGUUCAGCCAUUUGGAUCACUGCACGUGUUUCCAGCCAAUUAUCAAACCAAAGUAUUACGCGAACAGAAGGCAUUCGCAUUCAUCAAUGCGAUUGGCAUCUUUGGUGGUUUAUUUGGGCUACUGUUUAGCUUACAAACGUGCUUAUUUGGCUAUCGACCCAGGUCGCCAUGGGGAUACAUGCAUCGCUGGUCUUUUGGACAGUUUAGAUCAUCGCUCAUGAAUGGCCUUCACGCCAACUUUUUUCCCUCUACCAUGAAAGCAUUCACCAAUCAUCGAUAUCUCUCUCUUGAGCAUCCAUCAUCCUCCGUGCAGCCUUUGCAACAGCACGUGAGUGAUUAUUCUAUCGCAUCGUCAACGCUUUCGAGCCAGCAUCACCAGUCCAACUACUUUCAUCCAGCAAACGCCAUGCCAUCUACCUCAAAGCAUGGGCUUCACCCUUUGACUAUACCGACAGCAGAAGCAAAGAGCAAUGCCAACUGCUUGCUGUCGCCAUCACCCAUCAUCAACUUUUCAGAGAUGAAAGGCAAACGAGGAAGUGAGCUUCGAAUGACACUUAUUGAGGAGAGAAUUUACACUUUGGAACGCUUGUUUCAAGCAUACUAUAUUGAUGAUGAAAUAUUCAGAUCCCUAGAUCGCGCGUUGCAAGCAGAUAGAAGAAGAGCAGAUGCCAUGUCUUCUUCCUCCUCAUCGUCGUCGGUUGGUGAUAGCAGUCAAAACUCAACUAAAGUAGCUUUGGAAAAGAGGCGGUUUAAUAGAAAGGAGGAUGUUUAA